AUGGCGACUACCAACCACACGUGCCAGAAGUUCACUUUGAAUACCGGAGCCAAAAUGCCCGCGGUAGGACUUGGAACUUGGAAGUCACCGCCAAACCAAGUCCGAGACGCUGUCUGCCACGCACUUCGAACCGGUUACCGUCAUGUCGAUACAGCUCUGAAUUAUGGUAAUGAGGUCGAGGUUGGCCAGGGCAUCAAAGAUUCAGGGGUUCCGCGAGAGGAGAUAUGGGUUACCACGAAGCUGGACAAUCCAUGGCACCACAGAGUCCGCGAAGGAUUCGACAAGUCUUUGAGCGACCUGGGACUUGAAUACGUCGAUUUGUAUCUCGUGCAUUUCCCUUGUUCCACAGACCCUGAAGAUCCUUCGAAGCAUCUGACGGAUUGGGACUUUGUAAACACCUGGCAAGAGAUGCAAAAGCUGCUGGAUACCGGAAAGGUCAAGAACAUUGGCGUGUCCAACUUUCAAAUUCGACACUUGGAAAAACUUCUGGGUGAUCCGUCUUGCAAGGUGGUUCCUGCCGUGAACCAGAUCGAGCUGCACCCUGGUAAUCCAUCUCCCAAAUUGUUAGAGUAUUGCGUGUCGAAAGGGAUACACUGUACAGCUUAUUCCUGCCUCGGAGGUGCAACAGACAACCCACUCUACAAGGAACCCGUAGUGUCGGAAACAGCUCAGACCGCCGGCAAGACCGGUGCCCAGGUUUUGCUGUUAUGGAGCCUCCAGAGAGGCACAAGUAUUAUCCCCAAAAGCGUGACACCUUCGAGGAUAGAGACGAACUUCCAGUUGGAUGGCUGGAAGCUGUCCCAACACGACAUGGAAGCUCUCAGUGGUAUCAAGACGCGGUUCAAGGUCGUCAACGAUUCGUGGAUGCCAAUCAAGGUAUUUUUCGGAGAUGACGAGUGA